CUAGAAAGCAAAAAGAAACAUCUCAAGAUAUUAAAAAACUCCUUGUGUUUAAUGAGCUCUCUGAUGGUUUUUGGAAUCUUGCGUACAAAGAAGUGGCCAAAAACUUAAUCUUAGCAAUUCUAUACCCUUCUCCGAAGGAAUAUAGAAUUGCUAUAGAAAGAUACUUGUCUGAACAUGCAGACCAUUUCAUAGAUACUAUUGGCAAAA